CCUAGUUGUCAGCUGUAUCCUGUCAGGAAUAAUUUUUAUUUUAAAAUAAUCAAUUUAAAGUUUGAGACAGUUUAAGAUAAACAACCAACUGACUAAUGCAAAGACAAGUAACAGAAUCAACUUCCAAUGAUCCAUUCACUGAAAAUCGUAUAGAUUCUGAUAACAAUCCAGUUCCUGAAACUCCCGAAUCUUACCUUGACACAGACAAUGAGGAAUCUGGAUCAUUAUCUGUCAGUGCUACUGUAGCAGGAGCUUUUCAAAAUCUGAUCAGCUGGUCAUCAAAUCAAUUGAAAAAAUCGGGAGACUCCACACCUUUAUCUGAGGGUAGUCAAGAAUCUAUGAAUCUUGUUGGAUCAGACAUGAGUAGUGAUUCUCCAGGGAAGUCUGGAAGUCCGUCCAAGAACUCCUCGUCCAAUGAAUGUACAGAACAUCAAGUUGCCAGGUUAUCGUGUGGUGACGGUGAAAAAUCAGCCCCAGACCUUCUCACUGUCACAAGAUCUGAGGAUAACGAAUUUCUUCAAGAAAAGGUAGUUUUGAGGACCUCAUCAUUCAAAAGAAACGAAAGAUCCUCAUCUGCUAGUCUUGGUGUGAGAUCAGGAAAUACAGAAACUAAUAUGAGGUCAGAACGAUCUUCAUCAGCUAGUUUAGCCUCGGGUUCAAGGGCAAGUGAUAUAAUAGUAUCAAAGUCUGACAGGUCAUCUGGAAAUUCAACUCUAGGGUUAAAGGCCAAUACCAGUAGUAAUCAGAGGUCUUCAAUAGUGAUAGAAAAGUCUUCUGAUUCACCUGGAAGUAGAAGCAGUGUUGAGUUAAAUCACCACCAUUCUAGGGAGCAUUCAUUUGAAAAAUCGUUAGAAAAUAUUAUUGACAAGUGUUCAGAAAAAUCUCUUGAUCUCAAUUUGACAGUUGAUUCUAAAACUGAUGUUAAAAGUGGGUUGAGUGACCCUUCAAAGUCACUGGAUGAAGCAGCAAGCUCAACAUCAGCCAAGAAAUCAGAGAAGAAGAAGAAAGGUACACCAUGGUAUUCAGCGAUGUUUAGUCCUACAUACAAGUCAAGAAGUGAAGAUUUUAGGAAAUUUUUCAAAGAUCUCCCGAAUGACGAGAGACUGAUAGUCGAUUAUUCCUGUGCUUUACAGAGAGACAUCUUAGUACACGGCAGAAUGUAUAUUACACAGAACUGGAUUUGUUUUUAUGCUAACAUAUUUCGAUGGGAAACAGUUUUAACAAUCACAGCCAAAGAGAUAUCAGCUGUUACAAAGGAGAAGACAGCUAGAGUGAUACCCAAUGCCAUACAGAUUACCACAAAUAAAGACAAAUACUUCUUCACAUCUUUCGGAGCUAGAGAUAAAACAUAUCUUAUGCUAUUCAGAAUUUGGCAAAAUGCCUUAUUAGAUCAGCCGAUGACUCCCCCUGAAAUGUGGCAGUGGGUUCAUAUGAGUUAUGGUGAAGAAUUAGGUCUGACCUCUAGUGAUGACGAUUACGUACCUCCUUAUAAUGGAUUGGAGGAACAGGACGAGGAAGAGGAGGAGGAAUGUGAAGAUAAAAUAGAGAAAGAGGUUAUAGAGGAUGUAGCACUUAUUCCUCCUGCAAAGGAGGAAGAUUCAUUAAUAGCUGACAUGUAUCAUAAAGCUAUUGAUAAAGAAGAGGAUGAAGAAGUCCCAACAGAUGUUAGUGAUGAAACUGAAGAAAGUGAAGGGGAGAUAACUUGUACCUCUCUUCAUCAGCAUGUAGGAAAGGUCAGCCAUAAUGAUGUUUACCCGGUGUCAGUAGAUAAAAUGUUCCAGAUGAUAUUUACAGAUACAGCUUUUAUGACCAGUGUCCAUGAGGCCAGGAGAUCAUAUGAUAUUAACCUUCCUCCAUGGCAAGAGGAAGAUGGACAAAGAUUAAGAAUGGUGAGGUACAAAAUAUCGUUAAACUACUCAAUAGGACCAAAGUCUUCACAGACUUCAGAAAAACAGACCUGUUUAAAGGAAUCUAAGCCUGGUUCCCUGUAUGUCAUUGACUGUGAAUGCUGCAUGAAUGGUAUACCCUAUGGAGAUACAUUUAUGGUUGUGAAUAGAUAUUGUUUGACAAGAGUCUUAAAAAACAGAUCAAGAUUAAAAGUCACCACAGAGAUACGCUACAAGAAAAGUGUUUGGGGCAUUGUAAAAAAUAUGAUAGAGAAAAAUGGAUAUGAAGGUGUGAAGGAUUUCUUUAAAUUCAUGGAUUUGCAUCUGAAACAGGAAUGUGAAAAGGAAAGGUCGAUACAGACAUUGAGGUCACAAAACUCUAAACACAAACUGAGAAAGCGUAGAACUAGGUCAAAUGUGUUAAUGCAUAAUAUGAAGGAAAAUCCCAAAAUAAAAGCCACAAGACAUUUAUCGUUGAAUGAAGCCGCCAAACAUCAUCCACCUGUGGCAGCUCCUUUACCUGUCAGAAAUACUUUUGCCUCUGUACAUACAGUUUAUAAAGAAGAAGGAUUAUCUAAACUCAAUGCAGAUACUCUAGUCCGAGUGAUUUUAGUUAUAUUAGUUUUGUUAGUGAUAUUCAAUGCAGUUCUGUUCUACAAGCUGUGGUCCCUAGAAGGUUAUGCCAAUAUAUUGUACUUCCCACAUUCCGAAACCAGUAUUAAUGUAAACCAUGUUCCAAAAUCUGAAGAAGAUUGGAUACAACUACUCAAACAACAGCAAUCUCUCCAUGAAAGUGAAAUGCAUAAAUGGAAAGAAAUUUUAUCUUCCUCAAUAACCAUGAUAGACCAGAUGAAAUCCUCAUUGACAAAGUUAUCAGACACAUUAGAGAAUCAUAUAUCACAUGCAGACAUGUACAGUAGGGCAGCCAAUCAGGAAUAACAUACAGUAUUUCAGCCAAUCAGAAAUAACUUACAAUAGGGCAGCCAAUCAGUAAUGACUUCCAUGUCUUUUAUAGAUGGAUGUGUACUAAAAUGGAUGGUGCAUCAAACUUGUUCAACAAAUUCAAUAUGCAUGAAAAAUGUUAGAUACAUGUAUGUAGAGUGAAAGUAGUGUUUAGACGCAGAAAUGUAAGAUUCCUUAGGAUAAUACUAUUUUCAUAAGAUGGAUUUUUAUUAUAAAUCAAUCUUUAAAAAUCAGACUUUCUUGUCUCUAAUAAAUUUUUCGUUUGCAAUGUUAAAAAAUUCUCAUUUUUUCCAUAGGUAUUUGAAUAAUUUUUGAAUAGCCAUACUUUCUGAAUUUUUUAACAUAAGCUUCAUUUUCAGAAGUUGCUACAAAAAACACUUUUUGUCAGAUUUCCUGUUGUUUUUGUUUUGGCGAAUUCAUAUUUUAAUUUAAUUUCACUGUGAAGGUUUUCAUGGGAUUUGGUGCUUGAUUCAAAUUUAUUUGCAACUAUUCAUUGAACUUCUGAUUAAAUGCAAUGUAUUUCAGAAUCAUUUCUGUCUCUUAUAAUUGUGUCAUUAUAAUUAUAGACAUGGUAUUUUUGAAAUUUGUGUUGUUUAUAUGUUAUAUAGAAGUGCCAAAUUUAAUUACACACCAAAAUGAAAAAUGCACCAAAUAUUUGCAAGAAAAUUGACAUUAGCAGUUUGGUGUCAACAUUUAAACCUUUAUUCUGACGUCUAGAAAAAGUGCUUAUUAAUAGUAUCAUGCAACAUUUAUUUUUUGGUGAAUAAAAUAUGCUUUUCACUAUAGAUUUUUUUUUUGCAUUCUGUGGUUCAUGCAUUUUGGUAGAAAUAGACCCAAAACGUAGGUAUCACAGUAAUUUGGGGAAGAAUUUCAUUAUGGUGAUUUUGUUACAUGCCAAAAUUGAAUACAAUAUUGCAUAACAAAAAUGAAAAUCUGUACGAAAAACUGAUGCAAAAGGUUAUAUUUUAAGUGAUAUGAUAUAUAUACAUUGAGUUUAAAAAUUUUAAAAUGAAUUCAGAUUUUAUUAAAUACAAGAGGUUUAAUUUUCUUUCUAUAGUUUUAUGCAAUUUUCAUGAUAUUUGCAGUAGUCAUUUUGCAUCAAAUUAUUAUUUUUCAUUCAUAUGACAUCCAUUGCAUUCAUACCUUUCAAAUGUAUGUGCCCCUCAUAUGUUUGUGUAUAAUAUGUCUUGUACAUAAGAAUCAAUUCAUGUUUUAUUUGUUAUUUUCUGUGAUAGCUAUUAUUAGAAUUACAUCCAUUCUCAGGAGAGGCAUUGAUUGCUUUAUUUUGUGCAAUAACUUGUUUUAUUGUAUGCUUUCAAAGACAUGUUUUUAUUUGUAACACCAUAGAGUCUCGUGAGAAAAAGUGCUGUCAAUUGGCUGUUUUAGAAUCUAAAGCAUCAUGGGUAAUUUCAUUGUACAUACCCCAAAAUGAAAAUAAAAUUACACCAUUGCUUAAAUUUCCAUUGUUUAUGACAUUUUUAACCAAUCAGGACGUUUUGUUGUACACUUUUGAAAAUAUUACCCAGGAUGCAUUAGAUGCUGAAAUGUCAAUUUGUAAUUCCAACAGUGUUUAAAAAUCUUUUCUGGAAAAUAUUUUUAUAUUUAUUAAUUGUUAUUUAUUAUGAAGAGAUUUGUUGUUAAAUGUUCAUUAACUCUGUCAGUUCUAUUGGCAGGAAAAAAUAAAGUAUUUUAGAGACUUA